AUGUCCUUCAGAGACGCAUCCAUAGUCGUCAUAGACUGCUCACAAUACACGCUCACAGCAGGCAGAGGUCUCGCAGACCUCCUCGCUCUCCCAUCAAUCCACCGCUCAACUCUCUCCCCAGACGACCCCGAUCCAUUCCACAAAUCAGGGGACGUCCUCUCCUGGCCCUCUGCCUCUGCGAUCUGGAAACGCCUCCUAUUCACAGACCUAGGCGUCAGAAGGAGAGUUAACGAAUCCCCCGUUUGCCUCUCCUUCCCUGCUGCGAGCUAUGACACGUACGAACGCCUCACACAGCUCUUUUUCGAAAAGUUUAACGUGCCUGCUCUCUGUGUCGUGCAGAGACCGCUCGCACAGCUGUUUGCGGUCAACGUCACUACAGGGUUGGUGGUGGAUGUCGGGGUCGAGGAGACGAUCUGCACUCCUGUGGUGGACACCGUACUGCAGCACACGGGGGUAUUCCGCACUCCAGUAGGAAGGAAAGACUGUGAAGUGUACCUCGCCCAUCUUCUCUCUUCCUCUCAAUCCAUCACCCAGUCCCUCUCUCCCCCCGAAUCCCCCCUCUCCCCCUCAACCCUCUGGAACCAACUGCUAGCGCUCGUCCGCCAACUAGUCCGCGACGGGCAAGUCCGCGCUCCCUCCGAAGACGGCGAGGAGGAAGACGAAGGCCUGACGGACGUCGCUGCUGCUCUCGUUGCUGGCAAAGAGCGAGAAGUGGUCGAAGCUGCUACGCGGAGGAAGGCGAAUGACAAACGCACGCACGCUGCUGCGGAUAGGGUGAUGGAGACCCGUGAACGGGAGAUCGCGGCUCUUGACCUCGUUACCGUGGAAUUCGAGGGAAAGACAGUCAGGCUGGGCAAAGAGAGACACAGGUUUUGUGAGCCCCUGUUUGACCCCUCCGUGUUGCGGAGUACCGGGUUGAGGGAGAAAGCCGGCUGGACAGAACAGGAGUUGGAGGAGAAGGUGCUUAGUGUGCAGGAGGCGGCGCAGGAGGGGAUGAUGAAGCUCGAAUGGGAGAAGAGGAAACUCGUAUGGGAGGGAGUACUCGUCACGGGCGAGAUGGGUAACGUGAAAGGACUCCCAUCCUCCCUCCACUCCCAUCUCCAGCCCUACAUCCACGCGGAAGACGACUCCCCGAACCCUCCUCCCCCAUCCAGGAUCCUCAAGAUACCCGAGUACUUUGCAGAGUAUAGGGAUAAAGGCGAGGGUUUGGCUGGGUUUUUGGGAGCGUGUAUCGUCGCUAAGGUGGCAUUCGCAGACCCUUCGGGAAAGAACUACGUCAGUAAACUGGACUAUAACGCCAAAGGACCCAUAUCUGUGCUCUCGAAUUCGCCGUCUCUUUUCUAGCUGCUAGCUGUCUUCGCUUUGGCCAUGAGCCGCUGAUCGAGGAGUCUGCCACAGGUGUACAGGCGUGUAGGUGUGCAGGUGUACAGGUGUGCAGAUGGACAAGGGACCUCCUGCAGCAGUUCUCUCCAGUACUAGUACUGUACAUCCUCCUGUAAUCUACCUAUGCACGCAUAGCAACCGAAUCCCCUACUUC